AAUUCCUUCAAGGCAAAAAAAAAUUAGAUCUAGAAAAGAAUUUCUAUUGCCAUCAAUUCUUUGGGAGAUUUAGAAACAGGAUGAAUGAGCAAGCUACACAAGAUAAUAAUCCCUCUGCUCCAACAAUCCUUCCAGCAAAGAGAAGGCGUGGACGCCCGCGUAAAGAUGGAGGUGUUGCUAAGAGAGGGAAUUUGCAGUCUCCAGCACCAGAAAGCAUCAAGAAAGUUCAACAAAAUGCUGUUGAAGUGAACCAAAAAGAUGGCAUUAUUGGCAGUAACAACGGUGUAGGACAGAUGGUUUCUGGUGUCGUUGAUGGUCGUUUUGAUGCAGGGUACUUCAUCACCGUGAGGGUUGGUAAUAGUAGCACCACGCUCCGUGGAUUAGUCUUCCAGCCAGGGAGAUUUGCCCCAAUUACACCAGCAAAUGAUGUUGCCCCAUCAGCUACAAUGUAUCACAGGAAUCAAGUUGCUAGCCCACUCUUAAACCAGCUUCAGCAAGAGCAGCAGCAGCCAAAUGUGGCACCAGGACAACAAGUUUUACCUUCUAACCCAAUGUCAAGUGCUCCAUUUAUACCGAAUACUAACCAAUUUGCUCCUGUUAUGGCACCUAACGAGGGACGAUGCAAUGUGAGUUCUCCUUUGGGUGAAAAAAUCAUGCUGCAGCAGCCAAAUCAAGAUCAAAGAGUCCAAAUCCACCAAUCCCAUCUGACCAUUCCGGUGGAAAAUCUUAGAAUGGUUGAAAAGGAUGAAGUGAUGCAGGUAUAUGAAAUCUCGAACCAAUCAGAAGGGACUAAAAUGGUUGCAGAAUCCAUGUUGGAACCAAAAGGUAGUGAUGGAACUAGCAAUCAGGUACAAAAAGCUCAAAACCAACUCAUGGACUCAAUGUUUCAGUCUGACAUUCUUUUUCAUGGUAACCUUAACAGCCUAAGUGGUGAAAUUCAUCAUAAUCCUGUUGUUUCUAAGUCUCAAGAGGCGUCAGACAACCAACUGAUUGAAUCUGAAUCCAAGAAUGAUAAGCAACCGAAUCCUGAGCAGUCGUAUAUGCAAACUUUACUCCAGCCUGGAGAGUUGGCUCACUGUGAAGCGAAGAAACUUGAGAUCCAUCGAUCUCCUCCUGUAAACGCUCAAACUCAACUCUACUCCUCCCAAGGGCUUCCUCCAAUGAAUGAAGAGAUUCAGCUGAAACAAUGGACUCAUGGUGGACAAGAAAACCCACAGAAUCAAUUCAAUCAAAGUACUCUAUUUGCUGAACUUAACUCUGUUUCCCCUGCUGCAGAAACUCAAGUUCAGCCAAGCAACGAACUAAAAAGCACAUUUCUUGAACAGAAUUAUGUUCAGAUGACUCAAGCUCUAGAGGUUGGAGCUAAUGAGAAUCCAAAUCCCGAGAUCAACCCAGUACUGGUUGCUGGUGAAACUCAAGUUGUGACUACUUCAAUGGACUUCAUGAUGGAAAAUCUGAAUUAUCCAAAGAAUGAUGAACCACAAAGCAUUCAUAUUGGACCUGAAGUUGACUUAUCAAGAAAUGUUGAAACAGCAAAAGAAACUAAGGAAGCAAGUGAUCCUCCUGGUGACAAACUUGUGCUAGGUUCUCAAUUAUCACCACAGCAACAAGAGGUCGAAACCGAUAAUUCUGAUCAUUCAGCAAAACUUGAAACUCAGAACAAAAGUUGUGAUGGUGGCAACAUCAACCUGGAGAUGUUUCAUCAAGUCCAACCUUGAAGCUGCUCAUGAAUAAGAGCAACAAUGUUAUAGAUCUUUAAGUAGCUUGCAGUAUAGGACCUUAUCUUCAUGUUAGACUUUGGUAACUUUUCUUUUUUAUUUGCAAGAACUUAUCUGGAGUCACUGGACCUUAAUCAUCCCAACUAUGUAUGUUUUCCCCAUCAGUAUGGCAGGUCCCCUUUGUUAGCUAUAGAGGCGGAACCAGAAUUUGAAGUUCAUGAGUUCUAAAUUUGUUACCGGAUGGAGAAA